ACCAUGAAUACCGCCAGCCUCGCUGUGAGAAAGUACAGUAAAAAAGACCAGUUCCAUGAAGGGUUCAGAAUCGAUGCCACCAGGAAUGAACAGGAUGCCGGUAAGAUGUUCAUUGGGGGACUUUCUCCAGAACUGAAAGAGCAAGCACUUCUAGAAUACUUGUCACAGUUCGGCGAGAUAGUUGAUUUUAUCAUAAAAGUAGACCCAAAUACCGGCCUCUCUAGGGGAUUUGGAUUCGUGAUUUUCAAAGAUAGUUCUACGGUAAAGAAGGUGCUUAAAGUGAAAGACCACCAAAUUGAUGGCAAGAAAAUACAUUUUAAAAGGGCUAAAGCCAUUGAAUCUCAAUUCCCCAUCAAAAAGGUUUUCGUGGGUGGGUUGAACCCUCAAAUGUCUGUAGAAAAAAUAAGAGCCUACUUCGGCACAUUUGGAGAGAUAGAAACUGUUGAGCUUCCACUGUGUUCAGCUACAAAGAAAAGAAGAGCUUUCGGCUUUAUCAAAUACACAGAGGAACACCCCGCUAGAAAGGUCUUAGAAACCAGGUUCCAUUUCAUUGGCUCCAGCCGUUGUGAAGUUAAAAUAGCAAUUCCUAAAGAAUAUCUUGGAAGACAACAGAGUAAAAGUAAGGCUAAAUCUCUGGUUAGUGAAAGAAAACCUAUUCCAGCUGCUCGGUUAAAAAGGCACUGGGGAGAAGGAUGCAACCAAGGCUUCCAAUUUAUGUCUGCCUCAGAUACUCAAGAAGUCAACCUAGAUGCCCACAGAGCUAGUCCAUGUACUUUCAGAGCAAACUCAAAUACCACUGGGACAAGUUCCAGUGGUUUCAGGGAUAACCCCAGUGAAUUCCAGGAGAACUCUAAUACUUUGGGGACAAAUUCAAGUGCUUUUAUGGCAAGCCAGAAUGAUUUCAGGCCAAACUCAAAUACUGGGGCGUUAAGCAACUAUGCUCCGAGGUCAAACCCAAAUGCCAUCUGGGCAAACCAGGAUGCUCUUGUGGCAAGUCCAAAUGCUCUCAGGGCAAGUGAGUACACUUUGGAACCAUACACAAAUGCUUUUGGAGUAAGCCAGUGUGCUUUGGCAUCAUACCCAAAUGCUUUGGGGAUAAGCCAACAUGCUAUGGGGGCAACCCCAAAUGUCUUCUGGACAAACCAGUAUCCUUUGAGAACAAACCCAAAUGCUUUGGGGGUAAGUCAGUAUGUUUCUGGGACAAGCCCAAAUACUUCUGGGGAAAGUCAGUAUACUUGGAGUGCAAACUCAGGAGCCUUCAGGCCAAAUUGCUAUGCUUUUGUGGAAAACCCGAAUGAUUUCUCGACAGGCCACUGUGCUUUAGCAACAAGCCCAAGUGUUUUCAGGACAAGCCCAUGCGAUCUCCGGGCAAACUCAAAUAGCUUUGAGGCAAGUCAGUAUGCUGUUGGAGCAACACAAAAUGCUUUUGGAGCAAAUCAAAAUACCUUUGGAGCAAAUGGGAACUUUUGUGGGACAACUGGAAGUAGCAGAAGUACUGAAGGACUUAAUUUCUCUCAAGUACAUGGAAAUUUUCUGAACGUCUGCAAUACCCAUCCUGAUUUGCAUGGCUCUAAUGGAGAUUAUUUCUUCCUAUACAGCUAUAGGGCUUAUGACUUGGCAUCUGUACUUAAUUCCAAUGUGCCAAUAAAUAACUCCUCUCCCCUUGGAAAUGGCUACCAGGGGAAUUUAUUCAGCAUUUGAAGCCUAAGGAUAAAGCCUUUAUCCAAGGACCACACAGUCUAACAAUGAAAGUUUCAGUGACUUACAUGAACUUGCCUAACAUCUGCUUGAUUGGACAUUGUCAAUACUUGUAGCAACUUUUGAAGUACCAAAACAUUUCCAAUACCUUUUGUCACUGGAGCUACAAGGAUAAGACAAAGGCUUAAGACUGUCAUG